GAGAGGUAUUGACGAGGAGCAAGCUGAAGACGAGACGUCAUAUGAUUAUUCGACGCAAGAUACUUCAACCGAAUUGACGUCUAGUCUUGCCUGUGGCCAAAAGCUACAUCCUUCAAGCUUUACAUCUGCAGGGAGUCUGGAAACUGCGGACAGGGUGUCCAUGGAAAGUUCGAAGAGAACAUCUUUAGCAGCGGCAUCGGUUUGGUCCCGUCGGACUUCUUCUUCAGCAAGAUCGGAUAAAAGUUUAGAUUGUCUCGCCAAUUUCAAAGGUCAACCUCUCGAUCUUCCUGCGCUCUCGAACGAUGGCGAUCGUCCAACAUCAGGCUCAUCUCGAUCUCCCACAAGGUCGAGGAAGUUGGCCAAAUUUUUUGGAGAAGACACUGCUGGUCAAAUCGUCGGAGCACAGCCGGCAUCCGCUAAGCCAGCGUUCUUGAUGCCAGACUACGCCGUGGAAGAUAUCUCCUUUAACGUUGAUAAUCAAGUUCGGGGUGGAAGCCUGAGAGGCCUGGUCAUCAAACUCACAUCUCAUGAAGGACCCGAUGUACCUUUCUUGCGGGUCUUUCUUAUGACCUAUCGCACGUUCACAACAUCGCACGAUUUCCUUAAUCUGCUGUUUGAGCGUUAUCAUCAACAACCACCGCCAGACCUCACAGCAGAUGAAUUGAAGAUGUGGUCGGAUCAAAAACAGAAGGUGAUUAAAAUUCGUGUGGUCAAUGUGAUGAGAACUUGGAUAGAAUCACAUCUAUCCGACGAGGACGCCGAGGGCAUAUUGCAAAGGAUUAUCGAGUUUGCCACUCGAGAUAUGGGUGACUCGAGCUUGUCUAAGCAGAUCACUCUAACAUGUGAGAGACGAGUGAGUUAUCAAUCGCGAGGACCCUCAUCCAAACUCCUGCCAGUCCCAUCCGGAAAUCCACCACCCACAAUCGUUCCCCGAAAUACUCGCAAGAUCAAAUUCCUCGACAUUGAUCCCCUCGAGUUGGCCAGGCAGUUGUCUCUCGUGGAAUCUAAACUUUUCUGUCAAAUUCAAGUAAAUGAGUGCUUAGGUAAAGCAUGGCCUAAGGAGUUUGCUAAGGAGGGAACGCCUCAUAUCACCGCAAUGAUUGAUAUGAGUAAUGCGCUUACUCGUUGGGUCGCAGAGACGAUUCUUAGCCAGCCUGAACAGAAGAAGCGUGCAAAUACCAUCAAACACUUCAUCUUGAUAGCUGAACGAUGCCGCAACCUCAAUAACUUCUCGACUCUGAUGCAAAUUAUCGCUGGUUUGAAUUCGACCCCGAUCUACCGAUUACGGAGAACAUGGGAGACGAUUCCUCACAAAAUCUUGACUUUGUUUGGCCAGUUAGGCGCUGUGAUGAGCCCAACAAAGAACUAUGCUACUUAUCGGGACACUAUAAGGAACAUGGCACCACCAUGUGUCCCCUUUGUGGGUGUUUAUCUCACCGAUUGGACUUUCAUUGGAGAUGGAAAUCCAGAUAAUCUUCGAGAAAAGCCACAUCAAAUCAAUUUCAACAAACGUCAAAAAGCUGCUGAAUUGAUCGUUCAAAUUCAAUCUUAUCAAUCUAUGCCAUAUCAAUUAACACCCGUACCUGUGAUUGUCAAAUUUCUUGAAGAAAGUCUUGACAAUCCACGUGAUGAGAAAGAGUUAUAUGACAUGAGUUUAGAUAUUGAACCCCGUGAACGAGAUGAUGAAAAAAUUGCUCGGCUAUUAGCAGAGUCUGGCUUCCUUUGAUUUACAAGGAUCAAGUCAAAGUCAAUUUCCCAUUCCUUCUUAUCAAACAAAUACCCAUCGUGGCAUUCGGAAUUCUCCAUCCUCAGCCUCUUCGUUAUAUGUUCGAUGACUAUCUCUUUGAUGAUCUGAUGGCCUAUUCUUCUUUCAUCUAUAUGAAUUGUAAAAUGUGAUACAUAAUGAUUUCAUUUUCGUUGGCUUCGUUUGCACUUGGUUUGAUACAUAUCUCAAUGAUUUAUCGAAAAAAGAGGCUGAUACAAAAAGAUUCCUAAAAUCUAAGCUUGUAGUCUCUUUUUACCUUUGUCUGCAUCUCUUCUGCCUUGGAUCAUUUUUUUGUUUUUUGUAGUAAUUAGUAGUUGAUAGAAUUUUUAUAUUCAUGAGCUUAUAUGAUAUAGUUCAUGUGUAAUGUUGUGAUUUUGUUUGUUUGUGUGUGAUUUUAUUGAAUUUCUUUUGUUUCUAUAUAGCUGGUCCCCCAGGUUUUUUUGGUUGUUUGUCUUUGUGAUAAUGUUUGUGUGAAAAUCAGUUCUCAAUUUUCUGGAAUGAAAUUACAUCUCUCGU